UUUUCUGCUAGUCAACCAAAACACACACCCCAUUAAAAAGCAAAAUCCCAAGGAAUCCUGACCAGAUCAGCUCAACUCCGGACACUCCAGUUCUCAACCAUAAUGAAGAAGAAGAAAAACAGCCAUUUUCCCUUAGUUCUUCUUUUAUUCUAUUUAUCAUCAUCAUCAUCAUAUUUUUCUUCUUCUUUAUCUUUGACAGUAGAACCACCACCACUUCCCAUUUUGCCCAUCCCGUCGGCUUCCCAGCUCCAAUGGCAGCUGGGCAAAAUGGCCAUGUUCCUCCACUUCGGCCCCAACACCUUCACCGACUCCGAGUGGGGCACUGGCCACGCUGACCCGUCGGUGUUCAACCCGACCCGCCUCGACGCCGCCCAGUGGGUGCGGGUCGCCAAGGACGCGGGCUUCUCGCGCGUGAUCCUCACCGCCAAGCACCACGACGGCUUCUGCCUCUGGCCCUCCGCCUACACCGACUACUCCGUGCGUUCGAGCAAGUGGCGCAACGGGAUCGGCGACGUCGUCGGCGACUUGGCCGCCGCCGCCAGGGACGCCGGUGUCGGGCUGGGACUCUACCUCUCGCCUUGGGACCGCCAUGAGUGGACGUACGGAAGGACUUUGGAUUACAAUGAAUUCUAUGUGGGGCAGAUGUCUGAGCUCCUCACAAGGUACGGAGAAAUCAAAGAGGUGUGGUUGGAUGGUGCAAAGGGAGAGGGACAGAAAGACAUGCAGUAUUUCUUUGAUUCCUGGUUCAGUCUCAUUCAUCAGCUCCAGCCCGGUGCUGUGAUCUUUUCAGACGCUGGUCCAGAUACCAGGUGGAUUGGCGAUGAGGCUGGUGUUGCUGGCUCUACGUGUUGGUCUCUUUUCAACUGCAGUAAUGCGGAAAUAGGCGGAACCGAUCCUCAAUACUCGGAAAGAGGAGACCCAGCUGGGCAUGAUUGGGUGCCUGCUGAAUGCGAUGUCUCAAUAAGGCCUGGUUGGUUUUGGCAUCCAUCAGAAGCUCCAAAGUCUGCCAUAACUCUUCUUGACAUAUACUACAAAUCAGUGGGCAGAAACUGUCUGUUUUUACUAAAUGUGCCUCCAAACUCUUCGGGUCUAAUAUCACCUGAAGACAUACAAGUGCUUCAGGAAUUCAGUGAGAUCAGAAAGUCCAUAUUCUCUCAUAAUCUAGCCAUAAAUGCUCUUCUUGUUGCCAGCAGUACAAGAGCGGCCGGGGACUCCCGUUUUGACCCUUACAAUGUCCUUAAAGAAGGUAUUUUCACCUACUGGGCGCCUAAAAAGAAUAAGCCUGAUUGGGUGUUGUAUUUGGACCUUCAAGGAUCGGUAUCUUUCAAUGUUCUGCAAGUUCAGGAGCCAAUUCAUAUGGGGCAGAGGAUUGCUGAGUUUCACAUUGAGAUUCUUGAUGAUGAAAAUGAAAAGUGGAAGAAAGUAGCUAAUGGCACCACAGUCGGAUAUCAGCGGCUGUUGCGUUUUCCGACAGUUAAGUCUCAGUUUUUGAGGUUUGUUAUUGAUAAGUCCAGGGCAGAUCCACUUAUUUCGUACGUGGGAAUUUAUAUGGACAACUUUUCUAUUUUGAGAGACGAUGUAGCUGAUAUAAGCAGAGGAACAAGCUCCAACAGCAGUCAAUUUAUUCACCAGAUUGUUGUCAACAAUUCUCUAAUAGCCACAACAUAGAUUUUAUAUACGUUC